UCCCUCUACCCCGAGUCACUUCAGAAGUUCUCUGGCAGAUGCUUCAGGAGAACAACAGACAACAAGGGGCCAGAAUCUGAUCUCAAUGUAUCAUUUUCCCCCUUGGUGCCAGUUUCACUACUGAUUGUUUUUAAUUUCACAGCAAGCUCUUGAGAAUUCUGAGGAUAGUUUGGUAUCUGAAGAUUUAGACAUGGAUGGGUGAUCCUCAACUCUUCAGAGAAUCAAAUUCUUCCUUCCAUCUCAAAAAAGCAUUGGCUGUUGGAAACAUCUCAGUGAGCCCUGCUUGAAAGAUACUUUCUUGUGUUCCACUCCCAAGCAUGGCUGUGAAGAGCUUUGAAGCGUGGGAUUAUGUUGUGUUUGCAGCCCUCUUUGUCAUUUCCUCUGGAAUUGGCGUGUUCUUUGCCAUAAAGGAAAGAAAAAAGACAACAUCUCGGGAGUUCUUAGUAGGGGGAAGGCAAAUGAGCUUUGCCCCUGUAGCUUUGUCUUUAACAGCCAGCUUUAUGUCGGCUGUCACUGUCCUGGGGACGCCUGCUGAAGUCUACCGGUUUGGGGCAUCCUUCCUCAUCUUCCUCAUUUCAUAUGCAUUUGUGGUCUUCUUCACAUCUGAGCUCUUUCUUCCUGUGUUCUACAGAUCUGGCAUCACAAGCACCUAUGAGUACUUACAGCUCCGAUUCAAUAAGCCAGUUCGCUAUGCAGCAACCAUUAUCUACAUCUUGCAGACGAUUCUCUACACGGGAGUCGUGGUCUAUGCCCCUGCUCUGGCUCUCAACCAAGUGACCGGUUUUAAUCUAUGGGCCUCUGUGUUUGCAACAGGAAUCGUUUGCACAUUCUAUUGUAGUUUGGGAGGUUUAAAAGCAGUGGUGUGGACAGAUGCAUUUCAGAUGGUUGUCAUGAUUGUGGGUUUCUUAACAGUCCUCAUUCAAGGAUCAAAUCAUGUUGGUGGCUUCGACAAUGUAUUAGAACAAGCACGAAAUGGAUCCCGGUUAGACAUUGUUGACUUUGAUGUAGAUCCUCUCAGACGGCAUACUUUUUGGACAAUUGCAGUGGGAGGAACUUUUACUUGGCUUGGAAUCUAUGGAGUGAACCAAUCAACCAUCCAAAGAUGCAUCUCUUGCAAAACAGAAAAGCAUGCUAAGCUUGCCUUGUACUUUAAUUUGUUGGGUCUCUGGAUAAUUGUGGUGUGUGCCGUCUUCUGUGGCUUGAUCAUGUACGCCUACUACAAGGAUUGUGACCCUUGGACUUCUGGUGCUAUUUUGGCACCAGACCAGCUGAUGCCAUAUUUUGUCAUGGAGAUUUUUGCAACUAUGCCAGGGCUGCCAGGACUUUUUGUGGCUUGUGCCUUUAGUGGAACUCUGAGCACAGUGGCUGCCAGCAUCAAUGCCUUAGCAACAGUGACCUUUGAGGAUUUUGUCAAGAGCUGUUUUCCACAUCUCUCGGACACGCUGAGUACCUGGAUCAGUAAAGGCUUAUGCUGCCCUCAGUAUCCAUGGCAUGUGUGGUGGACCGAUGCUAGGUUUAUUCACUUUGGGACUCGUGUUUCCUUUUGUAAACUGGAAGAAUUUUGUGUCCAACAAAACAAAACAACAACAGAAGCCUACCAGCUUUCCAGCAGGCCUGUGUUAGCUGACACUUGGUAUUCACUCUCCUACCUUUACUUCAGUGCUGUGGGCUGCCUGGGAUGUAUAGCUGCUGGAAUAAUCAUCAGCUUCCUGACAGGCAGGCAAAGAGGCAAAGAUGUUGACCCACUUUUAAUAAGACCAGUUUGCAACUUAUUUUGCUUUUGGUCUAAGAAAUACAAAACUCUGUGUUGGUGUGGAGUUCGGCAUGAUCAGGAAACAGAGCAGGAUUACCUUGACAGUGGCAGUGCCUGGAAACAAGGAGUUGAAUCUGGCCUACAGAAUGGACUCAAGCAAGACACCCUAUCUCAGAUUCCGGCCUACAACCCCAAAGACAAAAGCUACCCCAAAAGUGUGCAGGAGAAGACCACUUAUUUCUAGAACAAUACAUGCAACUGAUAAUAUACUUACACAAUGCAUGCAUAUUCUUCAUGUCACUUUCUGUUGUAGCCUUCUGUACAGAUUUUUGUCAGAAAGGAAGGAUAUCCAGUAGCUAUUUAUACUUAUUUAUAGAAGCAAUGUGACUGUUUCUCAGGAUGUUCUUUGGGAAGUCCAGAAUUCAGGUGAGAAAAAUCAGCCGAGGCCAGAAGUGCUUAAUGCCACACGACUAAACAGGACUGAGUUUGAUCAUGAUGAAAGGAGUUAAAGUUUCUUUGAUUCUUGUCAGAUUAAAACUCUGGGUUUACUGUUUAUUUGUUUGUAGGCUUUUGUUUCGUUUUGGUCUUGAGAAUUAAGCACAGGUCCUUGCCCUUACAAAAUAUCUGUCUGACCACUUACCCUAGUCUACAUUUUGGAGUUUUAACCAGCAAAAUGUCAUGGUGAGUUAGAGAACAAACAUAAAGGUGAAUCUGCACAUUAAAUGCUGUUCUGACAAGGCUGAUAAAAUAGGAAUGACAUCAUCUCCAACCUCAUGUCCAUAUGUAUGUAGACACAUAGACAUAACCAUGCCUACCUUGUGGUCACAGCUAGAACAGUUUACUCUCUUAAUAUCCUCACACUGCCUCUGUUACACAUUCCAUUCGUCAUUUCUGCUGCUGGAGCUAUCAUGACCAAACUUUAAGGGUAAUUGUACUAAAUAUAAGGGGAGAAAACUCAGUCUUCAUAGUGAGAACAAUCACAUAUAAAUAUACUAUUCACUUUGUGUUGUUGAAGCAGGGUUUCUUCUUAAUUUCUGUUAUUUAAAUUUGAUAAAUUUGGAGCUCGAAAGAUGACUCAGCAGUAGGAGAGCUUGUUGCUGUUCCCGAGGAUGUAUGUUCAAUUCCCAGCACCUAACUUGAGUAGCUUACAGCUGCCUAUAAGUGCAACUCUGAAGGGAAUCUAAUGUCUUUUGUGACUUUCAUUGGUAUUCACAUUCAUGUGCACAUACCUACAUGUAGACACACACACACACAACACACACACACACACACACACACACCUACAUGUAAAUAAAUAAUUAAAACAUUUUAAGUGGAAAAAAAUCUAUGCUUAUCCAGAAGAAUCUAAUCUACAAAGCUCAAUAAAGGGACAAUCAUGCUUCAUUGAAAGCUGUGAGGUCAGACAGCAUAUUUUAAAUGUGCCUUGUAAAGGGCAUACUAUUUAUAGAUGAGAUCAUUAGCCACAGGUCUUAUAAAUAAUCACAGAACACAUCCAGGUCACAUGUGCAAGCUUAAGCCACUCCACCAGAUGCAAGCUCUAUAUUAGUUUUAGUCUGGAGAACAACUUCAAAGUUCUGGAGCAGAGCUCAUCCAAACUGAACAUAUAUGCCUUUAGGUAGAGGCAGAAGGAAAUAUGAAAAGAAGAAACAUACUACACAGGGCUGGGAACGUGUUAGUUGUAUGGUGAAGUGGAGGAAAAGUACAAAGUGCAUAGUCAAUAAGUUCAGCGAGUACCAGCAUCUCCCCUCUCAUCCCUUGCUCUCAAAAAAUGGCUGCUCAGAAUGGUGUAAGUGCCACAUUCAGUGUAAAUGGGUUAAAUGUGGGGCUGCUUUGCCAUAAAAUGUCCAGAGACAUUGUUCUGUGAGAGGUGAGUUUCUAGAAGUGGAAAGUGUACUAAACUCAAUGCUAGGCUUUGCACCUUUUAUGCACAAUUGCACACUCUGGUGAGGAUAAGAAUGUCUAUAUCACUAAACUCACUUUUGCCAUUAUUUCGACCAAAAAAUGUAGUUUGUUGGUUGACAGAAGGUAUCUGAACCAAAUGCCUUAGACUCAUACUUGAGUUCUGACACAUAUUUUCCUGCUCAUUUGGAGGAAAAAUUCUUAAAAGUUUUAGUUUAUUUUCAAAUUAAAAGGAAUAGAAAUUACUUUUAUUUAAUAGAAUUAUUGUGGUAACUGACCCAGUGACUGGACAAUUGCCACUGUGUAGUGUAUGAAAAAAUGGUGUUCAUUUUGACUGAAAUUGUUUCACUGUUUCUCUUUGAUGUCAUUGACUUAGUACAUAUUUUACUGGGGUAUAGUAAAAAAAAGAAAUAGAACUGAUGAGAUAGACAUAGUUACAACUCAAAAACAAUGUUCUGAAUUCCCAAGCAGUGGAUUUUAUGUUUGAGUACCCAUAAAACACUAUCAAAGGGUUCUACAGUCCUAAAAAUGAGAUGGAUCUUAUUACAUCUACAAGUUCAUUACUGGAAACAACAUGCUCUAUUGUGGUUCAUUAAGUCGUACAUUUGUAAAUUCUAGCCUUAAGCAAACAUCCCAAACUAAGUUAGUAACUCAGUACAUAGAAGCAAGGGUGAAUCUCAAAACAGCAGUGGGGACCUGGGGUUUGCUUUUGUUUAACUGAAACAGUAUUUUCUGAGGAGUUUUAAUGUUUUAUGACUAUAAUGGGUAAUGAACAGUGUUUCAACAGGAAUAGCAAAGCCUACAAGCUAUGAUGCUUUUACACAGUAUUUAAAAACAAGUAUUAGCGAAGUGUUUUAUAAUCUUCUCAGAACAUCAGAAAAUAUACACAUCAUGAAAAGUAUGAGUUUUCCUCAUCUCUUCUAUUACUAAUACAUUCAGAAUUUUUCAGAAUAUUUCAGAAAAAAUUCAAAAUCUGUUUAGUGCCUCUUUGUAUAUUUGUAGAUUCCUUGUACUUCAAAAUCAGUUGUAGCUUUUGAUUGGUAGAAAAAUCACUGCUGGAUUAUUUCUAUUUAUAGUUCUUGGAAAGACUGAGUGGUACAGUUUCAAACUCCAAAGGGAGUCAAUAAAAAUUUAUAAACGUGUUAAUGAUAAA